GGAGCCGGGCUGCGCGAGCACGAUGACGUCCGCCUCCGCCGCCCCCGGUGAGCCCGAGGCGAAGAAGAAGCACGUUCGCUUCGCCAGGAUGGAGGAGCGCGAGGACGAGAACACGCUGUUCGACACGCGGAGAGACGUCAGCGGGGGACUGAAGAGCGCGCUGAAAGGGGCCGCUCGGCCGCGCGCGGGGCUCGAGGAGGCGGAGAUCCAGCGACCUGGACGGAGCGGCGCCGGAGCGUGCAGCCGGUGGCUCGUGACCCUGACCCUGUGCGCGUCGUUCCUCGGGCUGGGCAUGUGUAUAUCUGUGCUUGGCCCCACGCUUGGAGAUCUGGCUGCCAACGUCAACAAGAACAUUGCCAACAUCUCCUACAUCUUCGCUGGUCGAGCGACGGGUUACAUCGCGGGUUCUCUGUUAGGAGGGAUUCUUUUUGACUUUAUCAACCCUCACUUUCUGUUGGGCUUGGCGAUGCUCGGGACUGCAGCAGGCAUGUUUGCAACUCCAUUUUGUAAGAAGGCUCUGCUGUUGACCAUCCUUGUCUCCAGUGUGGGCGUAUCCAUGGGAAUCCUGGACACAGGUGGGAAUGUGCUGAUCCUGGACACCUGGUGUGAGCGCGCUGGACCGCACAUGCAGGCCCUACACUUCAGCUUUGCGCUGGGGGCCUUCGCCUCCCCCAUCAUCGCCAAGCUUUUGUUCGGGUCCGAGUCCGCGCUGGAGCUGCCUGCGUCCCUGUCUAGCCCAGCGCUGGCGCACGAGAAUGCCACGGAGGCCCCGGGAGCCGUCUCCACAAUCCCGUCCUUCCUCCACAGUAAGGGUGGUGUCCUCGUGUCCAUGUGGGCCUACAUGGUCAUCGGUGGCUUCGUCCUCCUCGUGUCUUUCGUCUUCUUCGUCCUGUACACGCGAAGCUCCGCCCCAGCGAAGCAGGCGGUGGCGGGCGGGAGGCAGCUCUUCUCCAGACACCACGGGCUGCUCGUCACCCUGCUGUCCAUCUUCUUCUUUUGGUACGUGGGGGCGGAGGUGGCGUUCGGCUCAUUCAUCUUUACCUAUGCUGAGGAGUACGUGGGCCUGGGCCAGGCGCAGGCCGCCGGCCUCAACUCGCUCUUCUGGGGCUCGUUCGCCGUGUGCAGGGGGCUGGCCGUCUUCUUCGCGGCCUGCGCGUACCCUGGCACGUUGAUCCUGGCCAGCCUGCUGGGCUCCACCCUCUCCUCGCUACUGCUGGUGCUGUUCCGCACCAGCAGGGCGGCGCUGUGGUGCUGCACGGCACUGUACGGAGCCUCCAUGGCUGCCACCUUCCCCAGCGGGAUCUCGUGGCUGGAGCAGUACACGGCUGUGACGGGGAGGUCUGCGGCGGCGUUUGUGGUGGGCGCGGCGCUUGGGGAGAUGCUCCUGCCUGCCAUGCUGGGCCUCCUGAUAGGCCGAGCGCCUGACCAGCCCGUGCUCAUGUACCUGGCCCUCGCAACCUCCACCAUCACCUCUGUCCUCUUCCCCGUCAUGUACAAACUGGCAGCGCCAAGCGGGGGCUCUGCAGGUCGGAGGUCACGAGCCAGAGGAGGGAAGGAGGCGGACGACAGCGAGUAUCGACAGGCGCUGCUCGACGAGGAGGAGGCGGAAGCGGAGGAUGGAGGAGAAUCCGAAGCCGACCGCUGGAACGAUGCAGACUUCGAGGUGAUCGAGAUGGACGACGCUAGCCUUGUGAGCUCGCCCAAUAAAGUGAGCUCAUCUCCACCCAAGGCUCCGCCCCCCUCCGGCCCUGCCCCCGAGGGCAGCGGGAGCGGUGCUGCGGCCAGCGCCAUGUCCCUGCCGGGAGAGUCGCCGCAACGUAAACUGCUGCUCACACUCGACCGAGAGAAGAAUGACUAAGAAGGAGGGGAGACAUUUCCUUGUCUGUACGCCUGAACUAUAUGCCAUCGUAAAGGUGCAACGCUGCCCCCUGCCCUCCCUCCAUAGUGCUGCAGCGCUGCCAAGACUGUGAUCUGGUGUGUUACUGUCUUAGCACAACACUCUUACGGGGAACAGCGGUAACUCCAUGAACGUGGUUUAAGUGCUACGUCAGCCGCUCUCAGGAGCGCCUGCCGUUGGAGGCUGUGAGAGGUGGGGAUGGUGGUGGUGGUGUGGGCGAAGUACAGGAGGGAACUGCAGUCUUGGGGGUUACAUAAAUUUUUUUUAUCAUGUAAACCAUUUUUUUUUAGCUAAAACAAAGGAACACUACAUACAAAAUACUUUCAUGUCCAAUAAAUACACGUCUGUGUGUGUCUAUGUGUA